AUGGUGACUAUGAUGGGGUCACGUACUUUGACAUUCAGGGAGUUCCGGGCUUGUGGAGCUCCAGAUUACCAGGGGGCCCGAGACCCCAUUGCGAGUACUAGGUGGUUGGCUGAUGUCGCCAAUGCAUUCUGCACCAGCAGAUGUCCCGAGGGGGACAAGGUUAGGCUCGCAUCCUGUCUUCUGAAGGGUCGGGCACAUGAUUGGUGGGAGGAGGUCGGACAUGCCAUUGGGGAUGACACAACCCUUGAUACGAUGACCUGGGCUGAUUUGACGACCAGGUUCAGGGCCGAGUUCGCACCUGUCAUUGAGGUGCAGCAGCUUGCUAGGGAGUUCCAGGAUCUCCAGCAGACGACGGAGACAGUGGCGAAGAUUACCACCAAAUUCAGGGAGAGGGCUCUUCUCGCUACUCAGUAUGCGGAAGACGAGGAGAUGAAGAAGGCCCGGUACCAUGAUAUGCUGAGGAGUGAUAUCAGACAGUUUGUGAGCCGGUCCAGCUGUAAAACGUUGGACGACAUGAUUGCGAGGGCUCGUGAGAGGGAGAUUGAUUUAGAGAUGGAGAGGAAGAGGAAGCCAUAG